AUGCUGCCUAUAACAGAAUUCCAGUUCGCAUUCUGUGGCAUUGCAACUGUAGCGGCAACGCUCGGAUACGCCUACACCCGAAAGGCCACUCAUUCCCCCACAUCGACAGAGAAGCCUGGAGCCGACGUUGAAGCCGGCCCCCUGGAAGAAAGGUCUCUGAAGCGGAAGCUCGACGACUCCGAUAAUGGUGAGGCUUGCACAGACCAGCAGCAACGACCUAUGAAACGGAGCAAGACUCCACCUACGGAACAGCGGGGCGAAGAUGAGGACGAAUGGGAGGUGAUUGUAGCUCCACCCACCUAUGAAGAAGCAACCGCCCCACAGAAGACGGAAACACCGGAACAUAUUGCUUCACCCAGUCACAACGCUGAACCCACGCCAGCUCCCUGUGAAAAAUCCCCAGAUCGUACAGCAAAUGAUGGAACUUACGUUGAAAAGCAAGAUAUUGAUUCGGGAAAGCCGUCGGAACCAGUACCGCACGCUCGCAACCCUAGUCCUCUCCCGAACGUUCCAAGUGCCGAGCCGGAAGCACCAACCACUCCGCCACCGAAACCUUCAAAGGUCCAAACCCCGACUUCCAACCCUUUUUCUGCAUUCGCCAGCUCUAGUUCGCCCUUCACGACAUACUCCAACCCUAACGGCACCCCUUUUGGGCUUGCGGGCCAGGGUGCAAAGACUACGCCAGCAUGGCGACGCAAGAAAAGCGACUCGGAAAUUACAAGUGAUAAUUCUACGCAGAAGCUCACAGGUUCUCCAAAUGAUAUCUCCUUAGAGGUCACAGGAGAAUCAUCAUUCACAGUGCUGCGGUCCACUCAAGCACCCGCAAAGCAACCGUCUUCCCACACGACUGGCGAAGAAGGUGAAGUAGUCACCUCCGAUCUUAAGGGCAUCAAACUCUUUAUCAAGCGCGGACGAAAGGAAUUCACGAGUGGGAUGUAUGGUCACGUUAAACUGCUCUCUUGCAAGGUAGACGCGUCUGCGAGCAAGGAUGGGGACGAGAAGGAAGGCCAAACCGAAAACGCCGCCAAUAAUCGUACUCGACUACUCUUUCGCCGAGACCCACUCGGACAGGUGUCGAUGAACGUGGCGUUGCGCCCAGCGGUUCGAUGUCACUUUGAUGAGGCGGAGAGCAUCCUUCGGGUCAUCCUCAGGGAACAAAUCAUAGUAGAUAAGGAGACGAAGGAAGAUAUUGUCAUCUAUGCCCUCAAGCCUGGGAGGGCCUCCAAGCCAGACUUCCGUGCAUUUGCAAAAGCAGUGUGCGAAAGUGAACAGCUGAAGGAUACGCUGCCACCAGUAGAGAAGAGUGGCACCCAGGCCUCAUAAUUACCUUUGCACUUACCUUCAUUUGGAUUAAUUGUCAUCUCUAGUGUGACACGAGUCCAUCUGGACGCUGGUCGUCGCUUGAUAAGUGGAAGUUCCAUCCGUCAGGCCCUUCAAAUUCAGGAUCCAUAGGAUGGGACGUUUUCGUUCCCGGGAACUUUCCACGGGAACAUUGUAAAGUCGAGACACGUACUUACGUGGUUGUUUAUGAUCGGAUGACCAUAGUAUUAAUAACAAGCUAUGUGCAUAUGUGAGCUGAAGAGAAAG